GUAUGAGUGAUUUAGAUCUUGUGGCCCCGCUUUCCCCUAUAAAUUUCCCUGGGCCCAGUCUUCUAAAAGUGGGGUCACAUGACCUUGUAGUAGGAGAGUAGUGUAGGUCAUCUAUUAUGUGAAAUGGAUUAGGCGCUGGAGGAUCAAGAUACAUGCAUGGGACGUGCUCUAUUGAUCCUAGGUCGGAGUCAUUUAAACCACUUACGUUUUUUUUGUACAUCCCAUCACCUCUUGCGCUCCCCAAAACAUUUAUCUGCUGCCAUGCCGGCGACAACAUCGAACGAAAUCGUGUUCUUCGUCAAUGGAAAAAAGAUCGUUGAGAAGAAACCACAGCCAGAGGUGACCCUGCUGCAGUACAUUCGUAAUAAUCUGCGACUUACCGGGACCAAGCUAGGAUGUGCCGAGGGUGGGUGUGGCGCAUGCACUGUAAUGGUAUCCAAGUACAACCAUGUGGCCGACAAGAUUGAACACUUUUCUGUGAAUGGCUGCCUUGCUCCUCUGUGUUCGGUUGAUGGAAUGGCUGUUACCACAGUAGAGGGAAUUGGAAGCACCAGGACCAGACUACACCCUGCACAGGAGCGAAUUGCAAAUGCUCAUGGUUCUCAGUGUGGUUUUUGUACUCCGGGUAUUGUCAUGUCCAUGUACACCCUGCUCAGAAACAACCCUCUACCAUCACAAAAGGAGCUGGAGAGUGCAUUUGAAGGCAAUCUCUGCCGAUGCACUGGAUACCGUGCCAUUCUUGAUGGCUACAGAACACUCACAAAGGAUGGGUGUUGUGGAAGCAAAGGCAAAAAUGGUGGUUGCUGUAUGCAGUCAAAUGGAACUGUUGAGAAUGAUGGUACCAAUGCUUCAACUCCUUUGUUUAAAGCUGAUGAGUUCAUGCCACUUGAUCCGACGCAGGAACCCAUAUUUCCACCAGAGCUAAUGCUCCCUGAGGCCUACAAACCCAGAAGCCUUACCAUCAAGGGUGAUCUGGUCACGUGGUUUCGCCCCUCAUCACUCAAGGAGCUCUGCGAGUUGAAGACCAAGCACCCACAGGCCAAACUAGUCAUCGGAAACACCGAGUUAGGAAUUGAAACAAAGUUCAAGAACCAGUCCUACCCAGUCCUAAUCGCUCCCACACACAUCCCUGAGCUUACAUCUGUCCAAGAAACAGCUGAAGGCUUCACCUUUGGCGCUUCGGUAACCUUGGCAACCAUAGAGAAGGUUCUACACAGCGCUCAAGCUCGCCUGCCAGAGUACCAGACGAGAACCUACUCCGCCAUAUUAGAGAUACUUCGGUGGUUCGCCGGUCAGCAGAUUCGCAACGUUGCCGGAGUCGGGGGAAACAUUAUAACAGCAAGUCCCAUCUCUGACCUGAACCCGAUCUUCAUCGCCUCCGGGAGCACACUCAAGGUCGCAUCCUUGGCAGAAGACAACACUGUGCAGGAAAGGGAAAUCAAAUUCGAUGAGAAUUUCUUCUUGGGAUAUCGAAAGACUGCCUUAAAAUCCAAUGAAGUGCUAGUGUCAGUCCAUGUGCCAUUCACCAAACAGAACGAGUAUCUGUUCGCCUUCAAGCAAGCUAGGCGACGUGAUGACGACAUCGCUAUUGUCAACGCCGGCAUGAGAGUGAGGCUGGACCCAACUGACCAAUGGCGAGUAAAGGAGUGCUGCCUUAGUUACGGUGGGAUGGCACCUACGACUGUCAUUGCUCUCAAGACCUCUAAGGCUCUUGUUGGGAGAUUAUGGGACGAGAGUCUAGUAGACGUCGCAUGCCCCCUACUAGAACAAGACCUUCCUUUAGCAGCCAAUGCCCCCGGGGGACAAGUGUCUUAUCGCCGGUCCUUAACCACUAGCUUUUUCUUCAAGUUUUAUCUCAUGGUCACACAAGAACUCAGUAAGAUAGAGGGCUCAAAUGUCUCAAGUCUUCCGGAAAACUACUGUAGUGGUGCAGCUAUAUUUGACAAGUCACCGCCAAAAGCCACCCAGACAUUUCAGGAGGUUCCCGCUGACCAAAAACCCGAGGAUGUUGUGGGCCGACCCUUGAGGCACCUCUCGGCAAGCAAACAGGCGACCGGGGAGGCUGUGUAUUGUGAUGAUAUACCACCAUACAAAGAUGAGCUGUAUCUUGGCCUUGUGCUGAGCCAGCGCGCCCACGCAAAAAUCAUCUCUAUUGAUGCCAGUAAAGCCGUCAAGAUGCCUGGUGUACAGGCUUUUGUCAGUGCAGAUGACGUACCAGGUUGUAACAAAUCCGGCCCGGUUAUCCCUGAUGAGCUGGUGUUUUAUAAUCACGAGGUUACCUCGACGGGGCAGGCGAUAGGUGCGGUAGUGGCAGAGACUCAGGCCCAGGCCCAACGUGCAGCCAAGGCCGUGAAGAUUGAGUACGAGGAUCUUCCAAGGAUCCUGACGAUAGAGGACGCCAUUGCCGCCAAUUCCUACAUAGACCCUCCGCUCAAGAUAGAAAACGGCGACCUUGAGGCGGGCUUCAGAGCCUCCGAUCACGUGAUCGAGGGUGAGAUGAGGACCGGUGCCCAGGAACACUUUUAUCUUGAGACCCAUGCUACCAUAGCUGUACCAAAAGGAGAAGAUGGAGAAAUGGAGUUAUUCUGCUCCACGCAGAAUCCUACCACAACACAGUCUAUGGUUGCUGCCGUGCUUGGAGUCCAGAGAAAUCGGAUUGUAGUGCGAGUUAAACGCAUGGGUGGAGGGUUUGGCGGCAAAGAGACUCGGAGCUGCUGGCUUUCUGCUGCUGUAGCUGUCGCAGCGAGCAGGACGGGAAAACCCGUGCGGUGCAUGCUGGACAGGGACGAGGACAUGAAGACAGGGGGCACCAGGCAUCCCUUCCUCGCUCGCUACAAAGUUGGUUUUACCAAAGAUGGCAGGAUCCAGGCCUUGGAUAUUCAGUUGUAUAACAACGCUGGACACUCUUUGGAUCUCUCGAGAGCGGUCAUGGAACGUGCCGUGUUUCAUUCUGACAACUGUUACCGCAUACCGAAUAUCCGGGUUGUUGGACAUCUGUGUCGGACGAACACUCCGAGUAACACGGCUUUCAGGGGAUUUGGGGGGCCACAGGGGAUGAUGUUUGCCGAGUCAUGGAUUGACGAUGUGGCUGCAACAUGCGGUCUUACUCGACGACAGAUUCGCGAGGCGAACUUCUAUCGCGAGGGGGACCGGACCUUUUUUAACAUGCAGCUGACCCAGUGCCAUCUCGGGCGCGUGUGGAGUGAGUUGAUUGACAAGUCGGAGUAUGAGAGGCGACUGGAAAGUGCGGCCGAGUUCAACAGACAGAACCGCUGGAAAAAGCGCGGGAUAGCUCUGACACCUACCAUGUUCGGCAUUGCAUUCUCCCUGUUGUCUUUGAAUCAGGGCGGUGCGCUGGUCCACGUGUACACAGACGGGUCAGUUCUUGUGACUCACGGGGGAACUGAGAUGGGGCAAGGCCUGCAUACCAAGAUUGUCCAGAUCGCGUCACGGGUGCUUGAUGUCCCCACAUCCAAGAUCCACCUGAGCGAGACGAGCACGAACACGGUUCCCAACUCUUCCCCUACCGCGGCGUCAGCAUCCACCGAUAUCUACGGCAUGGCGGUCCUGAACGCGUGUGAAAAAAUCGUCAGGAGAAUUGAACCGUACAAGAAGGCAAACCCCAAAGGCACAUGGAAUGACUGGGUAAUGGCUGCCUAUUCGGACCGCACGAGUCUCUCUGCAGACGGAUUCUACAAGAUACCCGAUAUAGGCUAUAACUGGGACACGAACUCUGGUGACCCGUUCAGGUAUUUUUCGUUCGGCGCAGCGUGUUCCGAAGUGGAAAUCGACUGCUUAACAGGAGACCACCAGGUUCUCCGGACAGACAUCGUGAUGGAUGUAGGGAACAGUGUGAACCCGGCGAUCGACAUCGGACAGGUGGAAGGAGCAUUCGUCCAGGGCCAGGGAAUGUUCACAAUGGAAGAAGUGCGUUUUUCACAGGAGGGUUUUCUUUGGACGACAGGGCCUGGGGCAUAUAAGAUCCCAGGAUUCUCUGAUAUCCCGGUCGAGUUCAACGUCCAUUUACUUCGAAGUGCACCGAAUGAUAAAGCGGUCUGCAGUUCCAAGGCUGUUGGCGAGCCGCCAUUAUUCCUUGCUUCGUCUGUGUUCUACGCCAUCAAGGAAGCGAUUCGCAGUGCAAGGCGUGACGCGGGUGUUGAAGGCAUCUUCAGACUGGAUAGUCCCGCCACUAGUGAGCGAAUCAGGAUGGCCUGCACCGAUAGCUUCACUAAGCAGUUUCCGGCGAACACGGAUCCAGAGUUGAAGGACUUCAAUGUGUCGAUCUAGCUUGAUUUUUGAUACAACAGCAACAGGCGCGUUCACAGGGGGGUGAGCAUGGUCAGGGUGAACGCGCAUUCUAUUAAGACCCCGUCCACACGUAUCUGUUUUUGUUUGAAAACGCAGCCUUUUUGUUGCGGAUACGGGUAUCGUCCACACGGAAACGCGAAAACGAUGACCGAAAACGGAACGAUUUUAAAACGAUCUCCAGAGUGGAACAAUUUGAAACGAUACCCUUUUGAUGCCGUGGGGAUGGACGAAAACGGAACCUUUCGAAAAGGAUGGCGUGAUAACUCAGGUCCAGUCCACUUGGCGCGCGAGUACGAAAGCGCUGUAGAACUAUCGUUUUCGUAUCGUUUCUGCGUUUUCGUGGGGACCGGUCGUAUCAAAAUGAAAACGCUUCGUGUGGACGCGGAUCUUUUUGAAAACGGAACAAAAAGGUUGCGUUUUCAAACGAAAACGGAUUCGUGGGGACAGGGUCUAAGGAAUCUUCAACUACUAUUCUUUUUCCAUGUGAUACCUAUGACUGCGCACCCCCUCUCAGCCAAUCCUGUGUACGCGCCUGUACAAGUAUAGAAAAAAGAUAGUACUUUUUUAGGUUGUGUUUUGUCUGGCUGGGUUAAAAGGGAAGGUUAUAAUUAAUAAUAAUUAAUAGUAAAAAAAAUUGUCUUCUCUUUUGCAAACAUCUUUAGUUAUACAGAAUCCCUGUGAAGAUGUACGUCGACAACGGAUUGGGGCAUAGGCUUACCAUCCUUUUGUCGUCGUUAUGAUGACGUGAGUUACCCAAUCCCAUCAAAUUAAGGAUGGUAUCAUUGUGAUGCCGAGAAGAUGCUACUUAAGAGGCUAGAAAAUUUUAGUUAAUUGAUUUAUGUAUUUCGUACUACAAAAUGAAAGGGUGGUUGUAACUGUGGUAAAUGGAAGGAACAAAAACAAAUUUAACGAAGAAAAUGUAAUUCGGUAUUUUUAUAGUUGAUCAUUGUGGCUUGUGUGCUUGUGUGCUGUAGAGUAAACAUAAUCAGAAUCAGUUUCUAAGUGUAGAUGUUGUGAUCACGCUAAAAAUUUAUCAGAUUGAAUUGUAUACUA